UAGCGGUGACGCUGGCGGAAGUGACGCGCAGCGCGGCGGGCGGGGCGACGGCGGUGCCGGUGUGCGCUCGGCGGUGUCUCCUUCUCCUCAGUCACGGCUCCGGCUCGGCCUCCCCGCGCCGCCAUGUCCGCCCCCGGCAGCGGCGGCGAGUUCGGGAACCCGCUGAGGAAGUUCAAGCUCGUUUUCCUGGGCGAGCAGAGCGUUGGGAAGACCUCUCUGAUCACCAGGUUUAUGUAUGACAGUUUUGACAAUACUUACCAGGCAACCAUUGGAAUUGAUUUCCUGUCAAAAACAAUGUAUCUUGAAGAUCGCACGGUUCGGCUGCAGCUUUGGGACACAGCAGGCCAGGAGCGGUUCCGCAGUCUCAUUCCCAGCUACAUCCGUGACUCCACUAUUGCUGUGGUAGUCUAUGACAUUACAAACUUGAAUUCUUUCCAGCAAACCUCCAAGUGGAUUGAUGACGUUCGGACAGAGAGAGGAAGCGACGUCAUCAUCAUGUUGGUGGGGAACAAAACUGACCUGGCAGACAAGAGGCAAAUCACUACAGAAGAAGGUGAACAGAGAGCCAAAGAGCUGAAUGUGAUGUUUAUUGAGACCAGUGCAAAGACUGGAUACAAUGUGAAACAGCUUUUCCGUCGUGUAGCUGCUGCCUUACCUGGGAUGGACAGCACGCCGGAGAAGAGCAAAGAAGACAUGAUUGACAUCAAACUAGAGAAACCUCCUGAGCAGCCAGUAACGGAGAGCGGGUGCUCCUGCUAACAGGCCUGUUCUGUAGCAGCACAUUCCCCAACCGGCCAGUCUCACUGAAGAACAUCACCGCUCAUUGGCUAGGCAACCCUACUUUGUGGGCUGAAAAACCAAUUUACUAAGCGAGCGAACUCCCUGUUUACUGGUGGGGAGCAGCCCCGGCCGCCCCUCUUACUGCAUGGUAUGAGCCCCGAGUGCAGAAUGAGUGUCCUGUCUUUUCUUUUUUUAUGUUGUUGCACUUUGGCACUGUGGUGCCCUUUACACUCUCUCUCUUCUUCUCCUUCUCCUCCUCUUCCCCACCUUGAGCCCAUCUGCUCAGAUGUAUCUUGUGAAUGCAGUGGAAAAGCCACCAAGUUAGGGAAGACAAAAAUAAAGCUUAUGGAUGGGCUUUCCACCUUCCUUACUGCCUUGCAUCUUAACUAGUUCCCUGUCCACUCCAGUCCUGUCUUUGUCCUGCAUCCCCACUUCCUCUGAUGAAAGGCUGCUCCUUUGGAACCAGUCAGUUUGACUUGGCCUUGCCUUUUUGGACAAUACAGGUUAUCUGUUUCUAGGCUUUUGCUUCUUGCAGGGCACACACAAUAUUAGCUCCUCAUUUUCUCCUUUCUGUGGAUGAUCUUGGCUAACUCUUGCUCACAACUUCUGAGUUUUGCCCCUCAUGUUACACACGGCACUGGAAUCCCCCAAACUCUGAUAGCUUUGGCCUUGUUGCUCCCGUUUGUGUAACAGAGACAUCCCACAGACCGCUCUCCUCAGUUGGAAUAUCUUCCCAUCCAGAGGACGUUGGUGCUUGGUGAGUGUUGGCUGUCAGAUGUGGGGAAGGAAGAGGGUACAGAGGCUUUGCAGCAUGAGGCUGGGUGGGGAGAGAUCCUCAGGGUGGUUUGUAGAGACCUGGGUCCUGUCUGUCAACAGUGAAAGCAAACACUUACCUGAAAUCCAUCACUACAGGGGCAGUACCGGCCCUGCAAGUCAUGGAUACUGUUCAGGCUCCUUUCCGAGUCUCUGUUCUCCUGUUCAGCGUCGUGUAGACUGGGAGCAGGAGAGCUGCAGCAGAUGGAAGGCCGGUGAUAGCUGUUCUGCUAUCAUACGUAGGCUGUUGCUUGAUGAAAUCAUACAGAGCUGCUUCUGCCUUUGUAGUAGAUUUCUGGGGGCUGGGGCUAGUAGCCGUUUCACUUCUGGGGUAGUUUUAAGCUGCAACAUUGCCAAAGCUGAGAGGAGCAGUGGUAGGGUAGAGAGGGUAGAGGAAUGUCAGGAAUUGUCAGACCUGGGUAGAGGAAUGGAGGAAUGUACAAUGCGGACACGUGUCAAUUUUGGUGUCACUUCUCGACAUUGGAGGUUGGCAAAUACCUCCUCUUCCCCCUGUCCCUGGUUUCUAAUUCGUUAAUAGAGCUUGUCAGAGACUUUUACUGGGGGUUUUCAUCCAUCUGUCCUAACCAGAAGUCUGUAGGUUUGUCUGUUGACAGAGAGGAGAAUAAAACAGCCAUUCACUGUUCUUUCCAUCACCUGGCCUAUGUCAUGCUGACGGGGGGAUGCUAGCGGGCAGGAGAGCGACUGGCCACAGUGUGAUGGGUGGGGAUGUCAGCAUUUGGUGGCUGGGGACACUCCCUUAGCAGGAUGCCUGUCGGUCACUGACACAGCCUGCGUGCGUUGAGGCCUGCGGGCCAUCGAGGGAGGGGAAGGGGCAGCCUCAAAGGAGAGCUGGCAGUCCCCACCUUGGCUUCCUGGCAGCUUCUCUGAUGGUGACCGACAUUUUGUUCCCCUGUCCCUUCCCCUCCAGGUGAGCUGGCCUGCAGGAGGAAGCUGGGAUGUUUCCCAUUUCACUCCCUUUUACCCCCACUCCCAGCUGGCAUAGCUGGGUCCCAGCACCGGCGGGAAGCUCAGCCCCCUCCUCUGUACAUACCCCUGUUGUGUGGGAAUUGCUGUUUGUCGGUGUGUCCGUGUCUGCCGUAGAACAGGUUUUGCUGUCCCCUUCUCACAGGCAGGUGUGUGCUGCUCUGCUGUCGUGUUGUUCUGAGUCACGGACCUGGGGGGAGGGAGGGGGGAGACCCUAAGUAACGGGGGGGGGGGGCGGGGGGGGGGUAACUAGUGAAAGAAAAUAGUUCACUUCCCGCUGUCUUCUCUAUGGAUGUGUAUAAUAUUGAGUGUGUGUCUGGCCCUGCUGUCUCCUAGCUGUUAGCCGAGUAAGUGUGACUAUUAAUAUGAGUAUGGACUGUCUGACCACAGCCGUGUAUCACACUAAAUAAAGUUAUUUCACCAACA